GCAGCAGGCAGCUGCAGCCGGCUGCUGGGGUCCUUUCCCACUUGGCUGAGGAGGAUUAGCAGCCAACAUGCCGACUGUCGGAGUAAAAAGAGAUCUUCUCUUCACAGCUUUGGGCAGAACAUACACCGAUGAAGAGUUUGACGAGCUGUGCUUUGAAUUUGGGCUGGAGCUGGAUGAGAUUACCUCAGAGAAGGAGAUAAUCAGCCGAGAGCAGGGCGACACCAAGGCAUCAGGAGCGUCUGACGUCAUCCUGUACAAGAUCGAUGUACCAGCUAACCGCUAUGACCUGCUGUGUCUGGAGGGGCUGGUCCGUGGCCUGCAGGUCUUCAAGAACAAGUUGGAGGCACCUCGCUACAGACGUGUCAGCCCAGUCAGCGGGAAGCUUCAGAGGCUGAUUAUCACGAAGGAGACGGCGGCAGUGCGACCCCACGCUGUGGCAGCAGUGUUGAGGAACAUCACCUUCACGCAGGAGCGCUACGACAGCUUCAUCGAGCUGCAGGAGAAACUCCACCAAAACAUCUGCAGGAAGAGGAGCCUGGUGGCCAUCGGGACCCACGACCUCGACACCAUCUCUGGUCCCUUCACAUACACAGCCAAACCUCCAGGAGACAUCUGCUUCAAACCCCUCAACCAGACCAAAGAGUACACGGCCACCGAGCUCAUGAGCCUCUACAAGGCAGACAGCCACCUGAAGCAUUACCUUCACAUUAUUGAGGACAAGCCUGUGUACCCUGUCAUCUACGACAGCAAUGGCAUCGUCCUGUCCAUGCCUCCCAUCAUCAAUGGUGACCACACAAAAAUCUCCGUACAGACAAAGAACGUCUUUAUCGAGUGCACGGCCACAGACCUGACCAAGGCAAAGAUCGUGCUGGACAUGAUGGUGACCAUGUUCAGCGAGUACUGUUCACAGCCUUUCACGGUGGAGGAGGCUGAGGUGGUAUACCCAGAUGGCAAGACCAUCAAAUACCCGGAGCUGGCUUACAGGACGGAGAAGUUGAACGGCGAGUUCGUCAACCGAAAAGUUGGCAUCAAUGAGUCAACUGAGAAAAUCGCCCAGCUGCUGACCAAGAUGUGUCUGCGCUCCAAGGCUACAGGUGUCGGCGACGAGAUCGAGGUUGAGAUCCCGCCCACGCGCCCAGACGUCAUCCACGCCUGUGACAUCAUGGAGGACGCCGCCAUGGCCUACGGAUUCAACAACAUCACCCGCACCACGCCGCGCACCUACACUGUUGCCAGCCAGUUCCCUCUGAAUAAACUGACAGAGCUGUUGAGACAAGACCUGGCAGCAGCUGGAUUCACAGAGGCCCUCAACUUUGCCCUAUGUUCUAUAGAAGAUGUGGCAGACAAGCUUGGAAAGAAGAUCUCAGAGACGAGGGCGGUUCAUAUCUCCAACCCCAAGACCGCUGAGUUCCAGGUGGCGCGCACCACUUUGCUGCCAGGCCUGCUGAAAACCAUAGCUGCCAACAGGAAGAUGCCCCUUCCCCUCAAACUGUUUGAGAUCUCUGACGUGGUGCUGAAGGAUGAGAAUAAAGAUGUUGGGGCGCGGAACAGCCGGCGUUUCUGUGCCGUGUACUACAACAAGAGCCCAGGCUUCGAGGUGAUCCACGGCCUCAUGGACCGAGUCAUGCAACUGCUGGAGGUGAAGCCGGCCCGAGGGGACGGCUACCACAUCCAGGCUGCAGACGAUUCCACCUUUUUCCCCGGUCGCUGCGCAGAGAUCUUCAUCCGUGGAAAGAGCGUAGGGCGUCUCGGAGUCCUCCACCCGGACGUCAUCAACCGCUUCGAGCUGACCAUGCCCUGCUCGGCUGUGGAGAUGGACAUCGAGCCCUUCCUUGGCCACACUGCUGAAACCACCCUCACACACGACGUCCCCAUGCAGGAAGUCAUCAAGCACAAGUUUCCCACGCAAGACAAAUCCUUGCAGGCCCGUCCAACUUCCACAAAAACUGUGCUUGGCGACAUGAGCACGACAGCCGGCCUCAAAGCUCUCAAUGACUUCCUGGCAGACAAGAGCUACAUGGAGGGCUAUGCGGCGUCGCAGGCUGACACGGCAAUGUUCGACGCCAUCCCCUCCUCUCCCUCCUCGACCUUCUGCCACGUCAUGCGCUGGUAUAAACACAUCAAGUCCUUCCAAAGGGAAAGAGCCAGCCUCCCAGCAGCUAAGAGUCAGUUUGUCCUCCCAGCCGCGACAAACACCACCAGCGACAACGACGACGACAUAGAUCUAUUUGGCUCGGACGACGAGGCCGAGAGCGCGGAGGCGGAGAGAAUCAAGGAGCAGCGCCUCGCCGAGUACGCCGCCAAGAAGUCCAAGAAGCCAGCUCUUGUCGCCAAGUCCUCCAUCCUGCUUGACGUCAAGCCCUGGGACGACGAGACGGACAUGGCCAAGCUGGAGGAGUGCGUUCGCAGUGUCAGUAUGGACGGGCUGCUGUGGGGGCAGUCCAAGCUGGUCCCGGUGGGCUACGGCAUCAAGAAGCUCCAGAUAGGAUGCGUGGUGGAGGAUGAUAAAGUGGGCACAGAUCUGCUGGAGGAAUCCAUCACCGCCUUCGAGGAAUAUGUUCAGUCUGUGGACGUGGCUGCCUUCAAUAAGAUCUGAAUCAUACCGACACGGACUAAUUUCACUGAAUGGUACCAUCUGAUGUUCUCUGAUCUCGGCUUAAGAUAGGUGAUGUGAUAUGAAACAACGUCCGCGUAAUACAACUGAAGCUCAGGUCCUUUAUUUGAAAAGACUGUUUAUCCUUUGAUAUAAGUACAAAAUAUUCUUGCCUUCAAACAUCAAAUAAAGCCAUUCUAACUUUUCA